UUUUCUAGGACUGUGGAUGGCGUGACAUUUAGGAGUUCCAUUAAGGAGAAAACCGUGGGCCGAGCUCUCUACUCCCAGGCGAGGGCGAAGGGCAAGACCGCUGGGCUGGUGAGGAGCAGGUCUCUGGACAUGGAGAACUUCAAAACCGAAGUAAACGUGCCUGCUGGAGCCAAGGUGCAAUUUGAACUUCAGUACCAGGAGGUGAAGUGGAGGAAGCUGGGGUCCUAUGAACACAGGCUCUAUCUGCAGCCCGGACGACUGGCCAAACACUUGGAGGUAGACGUGUGGAUUAUUGAACCUCAGGGAAUGAGAUUUCUUCAUGUUCCCGACACAUUUGAUGGCCACUUUGAUGGUGUUCCAGUCAUUUCCAAAGGACAACAAAAGGCCCACGUCUCCUUCAAGCCCACAGUAGCUCAGCAAAGAAUUUGUCCCAGCUGCCUAGAGACGGCGGUCGACGGGGAGCUGGUGGUGAUGUAUGAUGUGAACAGAGAAGAGAAGGUCGGCGAACUUGAGGUGUUUAACGGGUAUUUCGUCCACUUCUUUGCUCCUGACAACCUGGACCCAAUUCCCAAAAACAUCCUCUUUGUCAUUGAUGUGAGUGGCUCCAUGUGGGGAAUUAAAAUGAAACAAACCGUGGAAGCAAUGAAGACCAUCUUGGAUGACCUAAGAGCGGAAGACCAAUUCUCUGUAAUUGACUUCAACCAGAAUGUCAGAACCUGGAGAAAUGACUUAGUUUCAGCUACUAAAACACAGGUUGCAGAUGCCAAGAGGUAUAUUGAGAGAAUCCAGCCCAGUGGAGGCACAAACAUCAAUGAAGCUCUCCUGCGGGCGAUCUUUAUUUUGAGUGAAGCCAAUAACUUGGGCAUGUUGGACCCCAACUCGGUCUCGCUGAUCAUUCUGGUUUCGGAUGGAGAUCCGACCGUUGGUGAACUCAAAUUGUCAAAAAUCCAGAAAAACGUGAAGCAGAACAUCCAAGACAGCGUCUCUUUGUUCAGUCUGGGGAUGGGAUUCGACGUUGACUAUGAUUUUUUGAAGAGACUCUCCAACGAAAAUCGUGGAAUUGCCCAGAGGAUCUAUGGAAACCAGGACACGUCUUCCCAGCUCAAGAAAUUUUACAACCAGGUGUCAACUCCACUGCUCCGGAAUGUUCAGUUCAACUAUCCCCACCCGUCGGUCACGGAUGUCACUCAGAACAGUUUCCAUAACUAUUUUGGAGGUUCGGAGAUUGUCGUGGCAGGAAAAUUUGAUCCCAAUAAAUUGGAACAAAUACAGAGCAUCAUCACAGCAACCUCGGCUAACACGGAGUUGGUCUUGGAAACCUUGGCCCAGAUGGAUGACUUGGAGGAUUUUCUGUCAAAAGACAAGCAUGCAGAUCCGGAUUUCACCAGGAAGCUGUGGGCCUAUCUGACAAUCAACCAACUGCUCGCUGAGCGAAGCCUGGCUCCCACAGCGGCCGCCAAGAGGAGGAUCACAAGGACCAUCCUGCAGAUGUCUCUGGAGCAUCACAUCGUGACACCGCUCACCUCCAUGGUGAUCCAGAACGAGGCCGGCGACGAGCGCAUGCUGGCCGACGCCCCGCCACAGGACCACGGCUGCUGCUCAGGCGCCCUGUACUACGGCAGCAAAGUGGCCCAGGGGUCAGUCCCGUCCUGGGCCCACACUCCCCCAGUGACAGCGGCCCCCCUGUUUGCGCAAGGGGCUCGCGUGCUGGAGUCCACGCCCCCCACGCACAUGACCACAGUUGAAAAUGACCCACAUUUCAUCAUUUACCUACCAAAAAGCCAAACUAAUGUUUGUUUCAACAUUGACUCAGAACCUGGAAAAAUCCUCAAUCUGGUUUCUGAUCCAGAAUCAGGAAUUGCAGUCAAUGGUCAGCUCACUGGUGCCAAGAAGCCCAACCAUGGAAAACUAAGCACCUAUUUUGGAAAACUGGGAUUUUAUUUCCAGCAUGAAGACUUGAAAAUAGAAAUCAGCACUGAGACCAUCACCCUGGCCCAAGGGGGUCAUACAUCCGUCUUGUCCUGGGCUGACACAGCACACGUCAUUAAUCAGAGGGUGCGUAUCUCGGUGAAGAAGGAAAAAGUGGUGACUGUCACCCCAGAUAAAGGGAUGUCCUUUUCUGUCUUACUUCAUCGUGUUUGGAAGAAGCACCCGGUCAAUGUAGACUUCCUGGGGAUCUAUGUUCCCCCUACAGACAAGUUUUCACCUAAGGCACAUGGGCUCAUAGGUCAGUUCAUGCAGGAGCCAAAGAUACGCAUUUUCAGUGAGAGACCAGGAAAGGACCCCGAGAAGCCAGAGGCCAGCAUGGAAGUAAAAGGACAGAGGUUGAUUGUCACCAGGGGCUUACAGAAAGACUACAGGACGGAUCUGGUGUCUGGGACAGAUGUUCCCUGCUGGUUUGUGCACAACAGCGGGAAGGGUUUCAUCGACGGACACUACAAGGAUUACUUCGUGCCCCAGCUCUCCAGCUUCCUCAAGUGGCCAUAAAGCUUUAGGGUGUUGGGAAUGAGACGCAUCGAUGGACAUUUACCCCGCCCCUGCCCCUUUUGCAGCCGUGUUUCCGUUCAAAUAAUAAAGUUAAUCGGACGGCA